UAGCUUGCCAAAGGGACGGCCAACACAAUUACGUCUCCAUGGCAACGAAACAGCGGUUACUGACCAUCGAUGAAGCACCGGUCGUCCAAAGGGACACGUUUGUCCUUACGGGAUACAGGCCCCCAUAUCAGCCCUGGCGCUUUUACCUGAUGAGCAUCUUUUCCGUGCACAACGAAACUGUGAACAUCUGGACCCAACUUCUGCCGUGUCUCUAUGUACUGUACAUGCUCAAGACUUUCUGCGAAGAGACUGACGUCACCGGUGACGUAUCCUCCAGGCUGCUUCUCCUCCUCGCCGUCAGCAACUUCACCGCGCAGUUCCUCAGCGCAUGCGCACACCUCCUGCACUCCCGCUCCACCGCUGCAUAUUACGUGGGCUUCAUGAUGGACUAUUUGGGAAUCGCGUUUUUCGCUUCCAGUUGCGGGACUGUGCAGUAUUUCCUCAGCAGUGAGGCUGCAUUUUUCCAUUCCGCCCAUCCAUGGUUCCCGUGGGUUUGUGUUCUGGUAACCUGUUGCUACUUUGCGGCCAACUCGUACUCGCAUAUCACCUACAAGAAGGGUGACGUGGAAAGAGUCACGAUUCAAGCAGUUUCAUUCACCACGACCUACCUUUGGGUCACGUCACCCAUCAUGCACCGCGUCUACUCCGACAUCUACAGCGGAAACGCGGAUGACGUCACGUGGAUGCACGCACGUCACAUCCUGUUGGUUGCCAUGGCGGGCUUCUUCCACGCGUCGGAAGUUCCGCAAAGGUUUCUUCCGGGAUCGUGUGACGUCAUCGGCCACGGACACCAAAUAUGGCACGUGCUGACGUCAGCGUCGUUCGUGACGCAGCUGCAAGCGUCUUUCACGGAUCUGCAGAACCGCCGCCAUCUUGGAUUGGUUCGAAUUCGUCCUACUGACCUGUCACUCACGGCCUACCUUGUUGUGAUGUUUACUUCCUAUGGCUACCUCACCGCCAUAUUUGUGCGAAAGGCUUUGUCAAAAGCUAUGUAA